GUAACCAUGGCGGAGGAGGAGGUUAAUUACGCUUCGGUUGUAUUCAAAAGUAAAAAUCAUCCUCCACCCCAAGCUAGAAAGGAGGAGGAAACUGUGUACGCUGAAGUGAAGGUACAAAGCAAAACAAACGAACCAACUGCUGACACAAACGCAGGAGUUUUGCUCGUCAAGAAAGCAAACAACAGACGUCUCCAGUAUCAGCGGCUGGCCUGUUGUUUGGGGAUUCUUUGUGUCAUUCUGCUGUUGGGCAUCAUAGCAGUCAUCGUCCUCUACCACCAAAGCAAGAUCACAGACCUGACUGCAGACGUCCAGAACCUGAAUGCAGAGGUCCAGAACCUGAAUGCAGAGGUCCAGAACCUGAAAACACGAAACCUGCAGCUGGAGACACAGAGGAAGAACUUAACAAAACAAAUAAAAAACAUGAAGACGAACUGGAAUGAGCUCAACGUUAGCCGAGCUCAGUGGAGCAUUGAUGCCUACUGCCCCACCAAAACAACUAGCGCGAGACAGUGUAACGCUUGUCCGAUUGGCUGGUUACCCAUAGAGUCCCAGGUGAACAACUGCUAUGCGUAUAAUAACCCUCCUCCUCCUGAUCAGAAAACCUGGGAAGAAGCUCGAGAAGACUGCAGAGGAAAGGGUUCAGAUCUGGUUGUUGUACAUAAUGAAAAGGAAAAGAAUGCACUGAAUACAUACAGCGUGGGUAGUUCAGGAACUAAUGGAUACUGGUUUGGCCUGAGAGCUGAAGGUGGGAGAUGGAAGUGGAUUGAUGGAAGUGAUCUGACUGUAAGCUACUGGACACCACAACCUCCUCCUACUGCUACUGACGGUCAGUGUGUAAUGUCUGUCCAGACCAAUACAUGGAUAUCAGUGAACUGUACUGAGAAAAAACAAUGGAUCUGCAUAAGGAAGGCUUUAUCUGUUUAAACCCUCAGUCAGACUGCAUGAUAAUAUCAACUGUCUUAUAAAUAUCAAACUAUUAAGACUUCUACUUCACAAUUGAAAUGUUUUUUUUUUCUUUAAUAAAAAGGAUCGGGGGAUUUAUUUUUAUAGAAAAAGAGAAAAUUAAUAUUUACAGUGAAUUAUUUUGUAAAGCUGUUUGUGUAUCUUGUUUAAAAAAAAGACACUUAGAUUUGAAUGCAUUUAGAUAUUUGAUUAUAUAGGUAUGCUAAUGUAAGUCUGUGAAACAUACAGUGACUAGACUGAAGGGACACUGUUAUCAUUGAUACCUGUUGAAUGGGCUUUUGUUCUGCUUUGUUAGAGAUGUGAUGCUUAUAAUUAGUAUAUCAGCAGAUUGAUGACAGGGACAGACAGACUGCUCAGUUUCCUGUUUCCUAUGUAUCAUGGAACAUAUAUUGUUACUACUCAUUGGCCAAAAUGGGGGCACUGCAUCACUUGUUCUCAACAGAAUGUCCUCAGAGCUUUUUUCUUUAGCAUGUUAGGAAUAUUAAUGUGUAAAAUGUUUUCUAUUUAUCUAUCUAGAAGCAAAUUCAUGUUUUAUUACAUUGAAUAAAAACACUGCGACA